AUGGUUAGUUAUGGAUAUAGCUAUGAUAUGAAACCUCGCUCAGUUGGAGUACUCAGUGAUCCCCAAGUCCCAGCUUUGUUUGUGUUUGGGGACUCUUUAGCUGAUGAUGGCAACAAUAACUAUAUGAGCUCUAUAGCUAAAGCUAAUUACUACCCUUAUGGUAUUGAUUUCUUUCAAGGACCUACUGGUAGGUUUGGUAAUGGCAAGACUGCAGUAGAUAUAUUAUGUGACUUACUGGGGCUUCCGUACCUUCCACCGUAUACAAGUCCUUUUGCAAAUGGAACGGCAUUGCUUGGUGGUGUCAACUACGCUUCAGCAGCUGGAGGCAUCCUUGAUGAAUCUGGCCAAUACCUUGGAGAAAGGUACAGUCUAAGUCAGCAAGUACUAAACUUCGAGAGCAACCUGAACCAGCUGAGAUCCCUGAUGCCGGCAGGAGACCUGAGCCAACAUCUCGCAAGAUCCAUCGCCGUCUUCGCCAUCGGCGGCAGCAACGACUACAUAAACAACUAUCUCCUACCGUUUCUGUACCCUACGAGAUCCAACUACACCCCGGAGCAGUACGCCAACCUCCUCCUCAACCGUUACGCAAGACAAUUACUGGCACUAUAUGACCUCGGACUGAGGAAGUUCUUCCUGGUUGGGAUCGGUCCUCUCGGCUGCACACCUAAUCAGCGUGCGACCGGGUUGGGCCCACCUGGCCGGUGCGUUGACCAGGUCAACCAGAUGCUUGGCCCCUUCAAUGUUGGGCUCAGAACACUAGCUCAACAAUUGAAUACUAACCACCCGGGAGCAAUCUUCGUCUACGGGAACACUUACGGUGCGCUCGGUGACAUCCUAAACAAUCCAAGUACUUAUGGCUUCACAGUGAUCGACCGCGCAUGCUGUGGGCUGGGGAGGAACCAGGGUCAGAUAACAUGCCUACCGUUCGCUGUUCCCUGCAGCAACCGCGACCAGCACGUCUUUUGGGACGCGUUCCAUCCAACGCAAGCUGUGAACAUGAUCCUGGCUCAGAGAGCAUUUACUGGACCGCCGACCGACUGUUUCCCGAUCAACGUUCAGCAGAUGGCUCAGCUCUAGUUAAGAAUUAUUUGGUUUGAUGAUCUUGUUACCUGGUACAAGAGUUUGAUGGUGAUGCUAUAUGUCGAAGUUUUAGGGUAUUUUAGUCUUUUUUUGGAAAUUGCCAUGUGGGUUAGAGUGUUUUGUUCGAAAAUUUGAA